CUACCAAACGAACAAUCAGGCUGUUCACAAGCACCCCACGAUAUCCCAUAUUUUGCUAUCGAUUCUCUGUACCUUCGCAAUACCAAACUGUACGCUUUCUCUUCAAACUUUACCAUGCGCUAGAAGCACAUAUCCACCCACCUUUGCGAACCUUGUUGCGCCGUGGGCUUUGAGCUCCCGCACCCGAUAUACCCUCACCCUCCUCCGCACCUCCACCCUCGAACCUCAACGAACCGACGACCUCCACCUGACCUUCCCCGUAUCAGCCGUCCAGCAUGACCGACACGAAUCCCUCACUCUCGGCCGGGCCUCAAGAUGGCGAGCGCCGCUGCUUCAUCUGCCUCAUGGACGAGAACGAGUCCGGUGCCUCCGAAUCCGCCUGGGUCGACCCGUGCCCCUGCACCCUCGAAGGCCACCAAGACUGCAUGAUCCAGUGGGUUACAGAGCUGGAGCGCGAGGGCAAGGAGAUCCUUUGCCCAGUGUGCAAGGCCAAGAUCAACAUCGACGAGCCCUACGACCCGGCGCUCGCGCUCAGCAACCAGAUCUACAAGUCCUUCAGCAGGGUAUCGCCGGGCCUGAUCCUCGGCGGCAUCGGCGCGGGCACAUGGGUCAGCUUGGCCAUGUACGGCAACAUUGCGGUGCGGGUGUUUGCGGGCCCCGAGGCGACAUAUCGCUUCUUCUUCAACGACAGGAACCCUAGAGGCGUGCCCAUGGUCAACUGGAUCCAUGUCGCGAUCCUGCCGACUAUCGCGCCCGCCCUGGUCCUGGGCUCGUCGGUACCUAUUCUGGGCAAUGUCUUCUUCAUGCCCGCCGCGGCACUGUACGGCGUAUUCCACAUGGCCAAAGACGACCACUUCUUCUCCUGGCCCCCGUCCCCUCAACUUGCGGCAGCGUCCUUCCCGUACAUUAGAGCUGUAUACAAUAACCUCUGGCACGAGUUCGUCUGCCCGUACGAGAAGAAGUGGGAACGCAGAAUCGCCGGACUGCCCGAGCCCGCGCCCCAGGCAAACAACAGACCGAACGAUAACCGCCGCCGUCGUGGUAGGAAUAACGACGGCGCUAAUCAAGCCGCUAGAAACGUCGGCUUGGUGGGAGGUCUCAUCGAUGCGGCCAUCGACAUGCUAGAUAUCCCCGACGUGGAGAUGGAGGUCGAGCUGGAAGAGGUGGAAGUCGGACAGGAUCAAGAUAUCGUCAAUCUCGAGAUUCUUGUUGAGGAGAUCGAGGAGGCUCACGCAGCAGAGCAGGACGUCCCCAUUAUACUCCCUGCUCAGGUGCCCCAGCCGGGCAACGAACCCCAGCAGGCAGCGGGAGCAGCACCUCAACAACCAGCAGCCCAACCGGCGCCUGCAGCACCCCGCCAGCGCGGCAUCCAGGCCAGCCUCAAGGACGUCACAAACGCGAUCGUGAGCACGCUCCUGCUCCCAGUCUUCUCAGCCGCCAUGGGCGAGGCCAUCCGGUUGGCGCUACCUAAGCACUGGACAUCUCCCGCAGGCACCUUUGGCCGAUUCAAGAUCCGGACGGGGCUGCUUCAGGAGCAAUGGGGUCGGAACCUCGUCGGGGGCUGCAUGUACGUUGUCAUCCGCGACGUGUUCCGACUCUAUACCAAAUACCGUCUUGCAAAGAACAAGCCACUGCGCAAGAUUCGCAACGUGGACAGGCGGAGGAACCAGACCUCUUCUACCUCUCCCGCUGCUUAGGUAGCGGACGGACAUCAAGACAAGUAAUUAAACACAUUUAACAGCGACAUUACACACCAGCAUAUCAAAGGGCGUUGGCGGAUAGGAUAGGAGUCUAUACCUCUUUUUACGUUUGCUUUCUGUAGGACUAGAUAUGGCUGUCGCAUGGCGGGCAGCGAGACGUUUCUCAUCUCCACGGCCUCUGUCAAACAUUAAUGAAUAAGUCAGAUUAUUGUUCCA